AGCCAGCAAAGUGGAACCACACCAGUUCAACAGUCCAGAAAGUCACAAAAAUCAUCUUGGCUUGCAUCUGGUUGAAGCUAUUUACAGAAAACUUUGCAUUAAUUUUGUAAUAUUAGUUAAUGUUAUUAUUCAUAAAUAUUGUCUCGAACACAAUUAGUAGAAUCGAUUGAAAUCAAAACCGACUUAUUGAAGCUUCCAAACAAUUAAGAAUAUCUUUCAUGAUAAAGCUAAUAUUUACGCAUCUGGUAUAGAUAAAUCUAAAAUUUCUGAAAUUCUGAGCUAGCCUAAAGUCCUACAACCGACCAUGGAAUGUGACAUGCCCGAUUGUUUGCCGGUUUCAGCAGCUUCUGUAUAUGAAGAUCUAAGUUACAAUGAAACACAGAACCUAACCAAGAACGUAUCCCAAAACGAUGAACUUAAGAUCUACCAUUUUUAUCAAACAGAACAGCUGACGUUUCUAUGGAUUCUCUUCGUCAUGAUCGUUUUGGGAAACGGGUGUGUUUUGGUGGCGCUGUUGUUGUCUAGCAACAGGAAAUCCCGGAUGAACUUCUUCAUAAUGCACCUGGCCAUAGCAGAUAUGACUGUAGGUCUGGUCAGUGUGCUUACGGACAUCGUUUGGAGAACCACAGUGGAGUUCCAUGUAGGAAAUAUUGGGUGUAAGAUCAUCAAAUACCUCCAGAUCUUAGUUACUUAUUCCUCUACGUAUGUGCUGGUGGCGCUGAGUAUUGACCGUUAUGACGCCAUUAUCAACCCAAUGAAAUUUUCAGGAGGAUGGAAGAGGGCUCGAAUACUUGUUAUAAGUGCUUGGGGUCUUAGUGCUGUGGCUUCAGCUCCUUCUUUGUUUCUGUACAAUGAAUCCAAGAAAAGUGGUAAGUUUCAGUGCUGGGCUGAGCUUCAACCUUGGCAGUGGAAAAUCUACUUUACCCUGGUGGCCAUCUCGGUCUUCUUUCUUCCAGCAGUUAUUAUUUCCAUUUGCUAUACUGUCAUCGUCUGGACUAUCUGGACCAAAAGUGGACCAAUAACGUAUUCAAAGCAAAAGAGAACAACUUUUCUAUCUAAAGCAAACACAAUGAAACUUAGAACGACCAUUAGCGUAGAAGAAAAUCGAAGAAUAAGUUCCAGAGGAAUUAUCCCAAAGGCUAAAGUCAAAACGAUCAAGAUGACGAUUGUGAUUGUCCUAGUGUUUAUUUUGUGCUGGAGUCCGUAUUUCGUCUACGAUCUACUACAAGUGUUUGGCUAUAUUAGACACAAUCAGACUACGAUUGCAAUUUCAACAUUUGUCCAAAGUUUGGCACCACUCAACAGCGCAGCUAACCCGAUCAUUUACUGCUUCUUUACCACUACUCUUUACCGGAAUCUGAGAAAAUUACCAUUCUGCAACUGGCUUGCAAAAAGCGUCUGUUUCUGUUUCCCAUCGAUGCAGCGCCCUCUACGAGACGCCACAUUUUUCCGAACUUCAGAAAACACCAUGUCAGAGUCAUUAACCAGGUCAUCCCGAAGAAAUUCUGGAUCCCACUUUUCGCUCAAAUCCAACCCAUCUAUUAGCACUACUCCUAAGCGACACAUAGUGGACAAGAAUAGAACCAAAACAUGUAUCUUGGGAACCGGUCAAAACCAGACCUGUUCAGAUGUCUGAAAUUGGUAUUUUUAUAGUACUGGAGCUACUAUAUACGCCAAUUUAUUUUAUUGUUGUAUAAGUAUAUUUAAUGACGUAAUAGAUAGAAAUUUUGUGAUGAAAUGAAUGUUUUUGUAUCGUAUCUUAACUAUCAUGAAAUAGGUAAGCCUUCGUACUGUGUAACAUCCAUUUCAUCAGCCAAACCCAUAGCUUGCUGUUAUAGUUAUUCAUGCUUAAUGUUUGUCCUAAUCAUAAAGGGAAAAAAAUGAAAUCAGUCAAAAACGUUGUGACUAUACUCGGAGCAAGAGCGAAUAAAUUAAAUUGUUGUGUAUAUGAAAACAAGCUCUGUACACCUUAACUUUGCUUGUCUACUUUGAAAGUAACAACGUACAUUAAUAAGUAGUAAAAAUACCAUUCCUAUUUCUUGUGCAAUGAUAAGUAUAUAUAUAUAGUAUAUAUUUACAGUACUUGUUUGGAUUUAUGUCAUUCGUAACGGAAUAAGUUUAUGUUUCCGUUACACGAUGGUUAAUGAUAAGUGGGGUUAUACAUAAUCAUAUUGUUUACUUCCAUGUAAAGUGAUUGUGAUUUUACAGUGAAUGGUAUUUAUACAAUAUUUCUUUAAAAUCACUCUUGAAGUUUCCCAUGGAGUAACCAAAUAAAAUAUAAAUAAUAAAAUAUCAUAUAGUCCUUUUCAAUUCCCGAAUAAUUGAACAUUUAUUUAAUAUUUAAAUAUUUAUAAUCCUAAAACAUUAAUUACUUUGAUUAUAAUUGAUGUUUAUGUCAUAGACGAGCGUGAACAUGUAAUACAUUUCUCCAAGUUUUUGUUAUUACAGUCAUAACAUUUUUAUUACGCAAUAGGAAUAACUUAGAAAACAAAAAAUUACACACUGUAGGUAAAUAAAGGGAAUAAUUAAAAGUUUGCAGAUUACGUUUGACCAUACGAUUAACAUAGACGCCAUUAUUUAGGUAAUAUCAAGAUGCAGAUACAACACUUGCAUUAACCUCACAGAAAUAAACCAAACUUUAAGAACUACUGUGCCAUGCUCGAGAGUAUUAGUAGCCCCAAGGAUUACCAAUAAGAUUAAUCUCGAAAACACAUUUGUUUUAGCUAUAAUACAAAACCAUCGAUAGAAUGUCGUAACUCUUUUACCUGCAUCAAAGUCGUAAGCUUAGUGUUUCCACAGGGCUCGGCAGGUUCAUCUUUGUUGUUUAUCUUUCAGUGUUUUUCUUUCCUACAAUAUAAAUUGUUUUUCCAGUCUACUGGUUUUCGAGGUUAUGUAUUUGUUUAGUUCUCGUGUUUCGAUUCUGAGUGACUGUAUGACGAGUAGAGUUAGUGAUAAGAGAUGACUUUAUUACAGGUGAACUUUCUCUUUCAGUUUAUAAGUUUUAAAUUGCCUUAGUCAUAUAUUUUAUGGGUUAUUAAUGGAUUUGUCAUUUUACUAAUAUCACCAAAAAACGAUGCUGCUCUCCUGUCAAUAAAACAAAGUGAUAAUCUUGUGAAAAAACAGAGUUAACUACCCAAAGCUUAAAGAAGGGACCUAAUAUGUGAUAUUUAACUGAAGAAGGUACUUAAAUGUAAGCAAUUUGACUGGUUUUCUUAUUAUUAUUUAUUUUUGUGGUUAGAUUAGAUCUCAUUGUAAACUUACAAGUUAUCUAGGUUUAAGUUUUUUUAUAAUUUUCUAAACAAAUCAUUAGAAUAUUCUCGCAUACGGGAACUUCUGUAAGUACGUGAAUACUUCUUGGGUAUCGAAUACUUCUAAGAGUGUGAAGAAAGAGGAUAAGAUUAGUCACAUUCACGUGAUUCCAUAAUUGAUACUUUAAGCAGCUUCCCUGGUCUUAGAAAUACCUAAUAUACUUUAUGUAUUUCACCAUGGAACUUAUUCACAUUGAUAAUCUUACAUUUACGUCAACACCGUAUUGAUUCAUCUACGUCUGACACAAUCUUUACUUUGUGAUCCCAGCUCCCCGUCCAAAGUCGUUUUACUUUUGCUUUCAGUAUUCACAUAAAUAAUCUUGUUUACGUCACGUGUAGUGCUCAAGACAAGUUACUUCAUUACUGUCAUAAUGGAAAGUCAUUUUCUUUCACUGUCUGGUUAGACUCAAGUGUGUAAACUUUUUCACCGUCAUCGCUCUUGCAGUCUUGAAACCACCUGGUAUAUGUUUCAAUUUUCGUGUUUUUCUGUGAUUUAACUAUGUCAUAUCAUAUAGGUAUUGUUAAUGAUGUAAAUUGUUCACUUAAUUAAUGUUGUUCAAAUAAUAUUAAAAAUGAUAACGUUUAUUGUACAUAAUUGUUUUGAAUAUAGUGAAUGUCUAAACUGAUUAUACUGUACAUCCCGUUCUGUAUUGACUUUCUAUUUUUUUCAACUAUUAACAGCGCACCAAAGGAAAAAAAUGCUUUACUAAAAUACACCCUUGAAGAAGGUGUUACGUCAGAAAACGUGACAGGUGAAUGACGUUUUUUGGAGAUAGAUGUUUAAUAGUUAUCGUUAUAGCAUGUACUAGGUUCUAGUCAGCUCAGAUUAACAUGUAGUAAAAGAUAACAGAAGUCUUUAUGAGUUUGUUUGAUCGAAGUAUAUGUCAUUACUUAUAUAUUAUGUAUUUGUAUAAUAAUAAUAAAAAAAAUCGAAAACCAUGUAACAGUGAAUAUUUCGUUGUUCGAAUAUUAGAAUAUUAAAUAACUCUUGAAACAGUCUCAGAGGGUCGUUUAUGACGACUCAAAAUAAGAAGAGAUAAUGGCUUUGAUGUAGUUGUUCUAACUGGUUACUAAAAAUCUUUAAAAUAAUGUAUAGUAUUAGUAGAAUAUACCAUAAAGACAAAGACGUUUGAAGGAUUCUACAUUAUGUUAUUAUUUUAAAUCAGUUCGUCUACACCAUCCUCAACAACAGAGAAAGCUACUUUUUCAGGAAUGUUUAAUAAGAACGAACUGUUUUUCUUAUUGUUUGGCCCCAAAAAUGUGAUCCACUUCUCGAUAUUAAUAAAUUAUUUACAAAGAAAGAAGACACUUUCAACUUUAUUUGUUGCAAAAUAACAGAGUUUAUACCAGGUACUUGUAGCAUGUUACAAAUAGUAGAAUAUAUAUAUGUGUAUAUACAAAAAUUACUUAUCAACUUUAACCUAAUAACUAAAUUUAUAAUUCCCUCUUGUUCUUUUUAAAUAAUAUCCCUAUAAUAAGUGAGCACAACGUAUGUCUGAGGACUUAUAAGACUAAAAUCUAGGUUUCGAUUCACGUG